UUUUAAAUGAAAUAAUGUAGUAUUUCACAGAAUCAUAGAAAGUCUCCAACCAUCACAACUCUGAAGACGGAGCUGUUACAGCUGUACCUGAACGUACCACACGGAUAUGACGUUGAUCGCAAUGCGGAAGUAAACAAUCCUCCAGCUGACGUGGAGUAGCACUAGCCACUUUAGCUGAGGGAGCUACCAGCAGUUUGGUUUUGUCUACAUUCUGGUUCAGGGUGAGUUCAGUGGACUGGACCUGUCAUCGUCUUUGCUCCCAGAAUUAUUACCGGAGCUUCUCCCCGAACAAAGAUGGCGUCAGUAGACGAGGCCAGCAAGCCGUUCGCUGGGCUGUCAGAUGUCUCCAUAUCGGAGGACAUUCCGGUGGAAGGGGACAUCUCCGUCCCUGUCGGCCCUUCGAGGACGGACGACGAGUUUUCCACGUUGGACGAGCCGGUGAAAGAAACCAUCCUGCGAGAUCUGCGGGCGGUGGGGAAGAAGUUCGUCCACGUCCUGUACCCGAAGAGGAGCUCGACUCUGCUGCGGGACUGGGACCUGUGGGGCCCGCUGCUGCUCUGCGUGACGCUGGCUCUGCUGCUUCAGGGUGGCGCGACCGACCAAAACAACCAGGGAGGACCGCAGUUUGCCGAGGUCUUCGUCAUCGUCUGGUUUGGCUCCAUCAUCAUCACUGUCAACUCCAAGCUGCUGGGUGGCACCCUCUCCUUCUUCCAGAGCCUGUGUGUGCUGGGUUACUGCAUUUUGCCUCUGACAGUUGCCAUGGUUGUUUGCCGGAUUGUCCUGAUCAGGGGAACGGGGCCAGUCACCUCCGUCGUCCGGCUGGUGGUGGUGACGGCGUCCUUUGGCUGGUCCACCUUCGCCUCCACGGCCUUCCUCGCCAACAGCCAGCCGCCCAACCGCAAGGCCCUGGUGGUUUAUCCUGUGUUUCUCUUCUACUUCGUGAUUGGGUGGAUGGUUCUGACAUUCACGCCAGCAGAGAAGCAACACUGACCGAGCGGGUGAAGAUUUUUGGGGAGUUGGAGAACUCGGUCUGCCUUUGAAUAAAGAACAUAGGUGCUGAAAAGACUGAGCGUUUCUGAGCUUCUGAGACGGCAUUUAGACUCUGGAACAACUAAACAUGCUUCCUGAUUCCUCGAGGAGCAGCAGUCAGACCUCUGCAGCUGAAGAGGAGCAGCUGAUGAAGAUGGCUUAUGGUUCUUUCCUGUUCAUCUCUUGUUGUGUUUAAACUGCGUCAGUAGAAACGAGGAAUGUUUGAACUGUUAGGGCUACAGUGUCUCUGUGUUUCUGAGUGUAAUUUAAGCCUCAUUCAUACCUUUUAUCAGGAUACGUUUUAGCUGAUGUGUUGAUGCAGACGGACUGAAAGCCGGCGUCCUGAUCCUGUGUUUUCGUUUCAUUUCUUUGUUUUCUUCUUAUGAGACAGUCGAACCUUGAUGUUAGGACAUGGGUACGCUGCAGAACAUUUAAAUGUUUCUGCUGCUUUAUUUUGCUCUCAGCUUCUUCUUUUUCAGAACUGAAACUGAAUGAAGAAUAUUUUUAAUUCCAUCAUUAAAAUAAUUCAGUUGGA